CCGAUUCAAUUAUUUUGUUUUGGUCAACAAGUAUACUCAAAAAGUGACCUUUCUAAUGUAAGAAUAACAUUUCAGGUUUUUAUGCAAUUAAUUUAAACUGAAUUAGAGAAUAAUCAAUUGUAUGCCUCAUGAGACCAAAAAAGGACAGACAGCCAAAAACUUUUUGUAACAAAAACAAAAAUUGAACCGUACACGUGCGAUGAAUUGGCCAAAAACUAGAGCCUGCGUCAAUAAUGGUACUAACCUAAACCGAUUUUAGAAAGGACCCUACCACCAGAUUAUUGCUGAUUGCAAUAAGCAUGACACAGAGCAAAGCAAGAUGAGAAGAACCUGAAACAGAGUGAAAAUUUUGAAACAAAUUUCGUCUCAGUUCCGUUUCGUUUAGAUUUCAAUGGACUAGGUUUUAUCUGAUGAUGAAAAUAUAUUGUGUAUCGUGUGUGAUGAUAAAGAUGCGUCAGUUUCGGUUGUAACUUUGAUCGAUGAACAUAACCAGCAUAUCGCGAUUGGAUAAUGUUAAUAUAUGAAUGUGAAUUGCCUGAUUGAAAUUUUAUCAGGAAUUUGUUUCAUUAUGGUCGAGAAUUGAUCUCACUCCCGUAUCUGAUCAAGAAGAAACUAAAUUUAAAAAUCGAUUUUCAUCAAAUCCAUCAUAAUUCUCAUUAUAGUUUUUUGUGCAGUAGUGAAUAUUUGAUUCUAUUUUAAAUAAAGACUAUCUGUUGGCCGUUCUUUUCAGAAUUGCUUUUUUUCAUUGAAUCAUUGCCUUAAUUUCAAGCCAUGUGAAGUGGCAAUCAUUUUGAUGAUGAUUCAAGAUAGCCGUAAAGCAUCAUUUAAUACGCGAAAUUGGUCAAAGAUUGUAAAUGAUGAGAACAAUGUAUCACAAACACUAAAUGAUUCCAUUGUCAUUGAUCAAGUUUUUUCUUCCGUAUCAAUGAGCUUGUCAUCAUCUACUCCUGCAGCACCAGCGAUGAACAAUGGCAACAAUAACGAUCGCCAAGAUGUUGAUCGGCCAUCAUCGUCAUUAUGGACAACAAGAAUUUUGACUAACAAUAAUGAUACCGUUUCCAUACAAUGUUCCCAACUGUUUACCAAUUCAGCCGCCGAUCUGGCCGUCAACGAUACAUCGAUUAUGGUCAAUGUCACAAACAUAGCUAAUAUAACGACAAACACUGGUGGUGCUAGCUUCAAAUUUGGGCAAUUGAGUCAACAAUUGAGCAACCAAAGCCAGCUUUUGUUUAAUGAAACCUGGCUAUUCAGCAACUUAGCAGCAAAUGUGCAUGAAGAUGGUAUAAAUGCAACUUCGUCAGCCAAUUCAAUUGUAAUGAGCGAAAAUUCCUCUUCAUUCUAUUGUGACACUGUGUGGGAUGGCUUCUAUUGUUGGCCAAUGACCGCUUCCGGUACGAUAUUAAUGCAUUCAUGUCGCGAUAUAUUUGAUUCAGUGGGGGAAUUGCCAAAAGAUCAAAUUGACGAGUCCACCUAUAACAAUGCUUUCGCAUAUCGCAUCUGUGACAAUAACGGAACAUGGAUCAACAAUUGGACUAAUUAUACCGAAUGCUUGUUGUUGAUUGCCAAUAAUGAAUCGGACACGGAUGCUUCCAAAUAUCAGUUCAUAAGACAAUUGGUCAUAUUCAUCAUGUUUUCCUGCUCAAUGUUGUCGUUGAUUUUAUUGUCAAUAACAUUCUUCAUCUUCACAUAUUUCCGUUUCAAUCUCUACAGAUCAUUGACAUCGUGUCGACUUCGUGUGCACCGAAACCUGGUUCUUGCAUUAAUCCUUCAUUCAUUAUGCUUGUUGUUGAUUGCCAGUCCGCAUUUAUUCAAUCCGGAUGAAUCGCUUUCUUCUUAUUGGGAGAUCGAAUGGCUGUGUAAAUCGAUAUUGACGUUAAAGCUGUAUUCAACACUGGCAUCAAUCAAUUGGAUGUUUAUCGAAGGUUUCCAAUUGCACAGCCGAGUCACGGUAUCUAUUCUACGCAAAGAUGCUCCAUUCAAGCUUUAUCAUUUUCUGGGUUGGGGAAUCCCACUUGUGUUGGUUACAGCGUGGGCAUUACAGAUGUCAUUGACAAUGGAUACCUUAUGUUGGAAUGGUUACGCUCAUUCGCUAUACAUAUGGAUUAUUGUUGGACCAAUGAUUCUUGCUCUUUCGGUAAAUUGCAUAUUUUUAGUGAACAUAAUACGCGUGUUGCUCACCAAACUUCGUUUGACUGUAACCAUUGAGAUCAAACAGAUUCGAAAAGCAAUUAAGGCGACAGCUUUGUUAUUUCCCUUACUGGGAAUAUCGCAUCUGUUGUUUUGCAUCAAUCCGGAUGACAAUGGUCGUUUAGAGGAUGCCUAUCUCAUUUUCAAUGCCUUCCUGCAAUCAUCUCAGGGCAUAUUUGUCUCCAUAUUGUACUGUUUCAUGGACACCGAUGUUCAACAAGCGCUGAAACUAACCUAUCAACGGACAGUAUUUAAAAACCGAUCGUUUCCUACUAGAUGGUCCCGACAAACUGCAACCACAACAGCAGCCAAAACACCAACCAUACGUGAUCGAAAUCUGGGAUCAUUUAAAUUUGUCCGACAGCCAAUGAUCAAUAAUAUCGUUCGUACUAACAGUUUGAAUGAAAUAAAUAUUGGCAUGGAAAUUGCAAACCACGCAAAUAGGUCCUUGAACGACAAGACGCAUGACAAAGAUGAGACUAACAAACAUUUGGCACGACAAAAUAACGGCUUUGCCUUAAACACGACAAAAAUGGUUAUAAAUUCUACGGCUUAUGGGCAUCAAAUGGAUGUUAGAGAAAUAUUGAGUCAACAGUCACAAUCUCAACGUUCGGCCGGUAAAACAAUAUCACCAUCAACAACAAGAGAGUCUCAGACCCUAUGUAUUAUGUACAAUUCCAAUGGCGAAAUGGUUCGAUUUAAACCCAAAAUACAGUAUUCGAAUCCUAAACCGUAUUCAAUGCCUGAUACUGGCAUAAUAGCUAUUGAAAUUGAUCCGAAAACAAAAAAGAGAUGAUUCUUGUAUUUUAUUUUAUCAUGAAUUUAUUUUUCAUUUCAAAUAAUGUAUAUAUGAUUGGGCGGUGAAUUAAAUUCUCCAUUUUUUUUAUAAUGUUAA